AUGAGCGCAUCAAACGACAAUUACUGCAUACACAAAGUUUCCUUAAGACGUACUCGCCAAGCCUGUGCUCCCUGCCGCCGGAAAAAGGCCCGAUGCCCAGGGGAGAAGCCAGCUUGCUCAUUAUGUGAGCGGCUAGGCCAACGAUGCACAUAUACCCCUCAGGCUGCCGUAAACCGUGCUGGCCGGUCCAGGUCUUUAUCUACUCAGCAACAUGACGGCUCGGAUCUACAGCCGUCGAUACCGGCAGAUAAUGCCAGUACGGAGAGGUUCCAGCGUAUCGAGGCCAGACUAGACCAGAUGACAACUCUGCUUCAAGAGACUCUGCCACAACUUAAUGCAUUGGGCGAAGCGUCUUACCGGAACCUACAAAGCCUUCGCUCCCCCGGCCGCCGCAGUGACGGCAGUGGUCAAUCUCCGUUGAGCUUCCGGGGUGGCGAGAGGGAUAUUCCAAGCUCAUUACCACCGGAGAUUGCGUUUCCUCUGGUUGCCCUCACUAGCCGAUUUCGACGAGGCUCGCCCGGGAGCAUGUCACAAGAUGUCCCUACUACUGACUACUGCGCCAGAAAGGCCUGGACUAUCCUGUCAAACCGAUACCAGAGUUCAGAUCUUAGUCUUUCGUUCCUUCAGGGGACGUUCUUGAUGGCACAACUGGACUUCGCAGAUGGCAGGUCCCAUCGAGGCUAUGCCAAUGUAGCGCUUGGGCUUCGAACGCUUCAAUCGGGCGGGCUGACCAGAGACAAAUACGUUUCUACCCGGGGUUCGGCCGAGACAGAAGCUCGGAAACGCAUCACGUGGGCUUUCUUCAUGUUGGAUCGCUGCUACAAUGCCUCUCGCAACUAUUCGCUAUGUCUCUCUGAUAAAUAUUUCACCUUGCCAUUUCCGAUGCCAGACCCGAACGAUCCACGUCGAGAGGAAGGCCCACCGCCAACGGGCACAUUACACGAUGGACCUAGAACUCUGGGCGAGAAGGUUGACCACGGCAUUUUAGCGUGUCUCAUACGCUUGUCUGCGAUAUGGGGAAAGGUCACGGAGUAUAUAUUCGAGCCCUUCGACAAGAGUGCACCGCCCCCGUGGCGCUCGGGGUCAGCUCAUGCUACCCUGGAAUCAGAUUGGCUUCAGUUUGAGACGCAUUUCGCUGACACUCAUCGUUACAUGAAUGUCGAUUUCAAAAGGCGGGCGCGCGAGGAGCCUCAAUGCCGCACGUAUCUUUCCACCUGGCUAUGUGUCCAGUUCCUCUUCCAUUCGACGCAAGGCCUGCUGCACCACCCUUUCAUUACGAUGACCAAGCUCCGACAAAUGGAAGGGAAUAUACCAUCGACAUUCUUACAGAAAUCGUACGAGAGCUCUCUGAUCCACUCACGAUGGAUUGCCCGGUUUGUGCGAGAAAUGGCCGAAGUCGACUGGGAGCUUCGCGACCCUUUCAUCGGGUACCUAUGCGCAAUUGCAGCUACAAUUCAACUCGAACAUACCGUCCGCAGCAAUCAACAGGUUGCACUACAAGCCAAGGAUGACUUCAGGAUACUCGUGGAUUUCGUCACGAAGGCGUCCAUGCAUUGGCCGAACAUGAGAGUCUUGGUAGGUUCUACCGGUCAAACUUUGCACGCUACGCUACAUUUCUAA